ACACCUUCAUUUUCAUCUUCUUAAUUAUUAUUUGGGGUGUAUUAGCAGAGGCCAAGGUCCUCAUGGUUCUGAUGGAGGGAGAUCCUGCCAUAUCUCUAAUGACCAAACAAGAUUAUUACAGGAGUGACAGAGACCAUGCUGCAUACAAGGAAAAGAUCAGUAGUGGACAUGCCAGUUUCUUGGAAUCUAACCUACUGAAAGGAUCGUACAACAAACUCUACAGCUAUACUCAUCUUCUCAAUGGGUUUGCUGUCCAUGUUACGUCAGAACAGGUUCUCAGCCAUCUUCAGAAUGCAACUGGGGUUAGAGCCAUCUAUGAAGAUGUGAAAAUGGAGAAGCUCACAACAUAUUCACCUAAUUUUCUAGGAAUUCCCACUGGCAUUUGGCCUAAACUUGGGGGAGCAAUGAAUUCAGGCGAGGGGGUAGUAAUAGGUUUUAUUGAUACCGGGAUUAAUCCAUACCACCCCAGUUUUGCAAGCAGUUCUUCCUCAGACUUUAGAAAUAAGGGAAAAUUUAAAGGGAAUUGCACCACUGGAGAGCGGUUUCCUUCAACAGCAUGUAAUGGCAAGAUAGUAGGAGCACAGUAUUUUGCACGUGCAGCAAUUGCAGCAGGAGAUUUUAAUGCCACACUCGAAGUUGCAUCUCCCUUCGAUGCAGAUGGUCAUGGAAGGCAGACAAUUUCUUGUAGUCACACAGCCUCUACUGCUGCUGGGAACUACCAAACUGCAGUUUUUGCCAAUGGCUUCAACUAUGGAUAUGCAAGCGGUAUGGCACCUGGCGCCAGGAUUGCUGUGUAUAAAGCUCUUUACACUUUUGGAGGCUACAUGUCAGAUGUUGUGGCCGCAGUUGAUCAGGCAGUAGAAGAUGGGGUUGAUAUACUGAGCCUCUCUGUUGGACCAUCUAGUGUCCCUCCUGGUCCUGCUGCUUUCCUCAAUGUGCUAGAAAUGGAACUCUUGUUUGCAACAAGGGCCGGUGUUCUUGUUGUUCAGGCUGCAGGCAAUACUGGUCCUUCUCCCAGCUCGAUACUCUCCUUUAGCCCCUGGAUUACAACUGUUGCUGCUUCUAUCACUGACCGGAAGUAUAAUAAUAUCAUCUCACUUGGCAACGGUCAAAGCUUUUCCGGCACAGGCCUUGCACCUCCAACGGCAGGAGUAAUUCAUUAUCCCAUAGCUGCAGCAGCUGACGUCUCUGUGAGGAAUGCUACAACUGGUCUUGUUGAUAGUUGUACUCAUCCAGAACCCUUCAUCCCAUCCUUGGCUCGGGGAAAACUUAUCAUAUGCACAUAUACUUUUGACUUUGAAUAUGAGGAUGCAAGCAUUGCAACUGUUGCGGACACCAUAAAGAAAGUUGGUGCUGUAGGUUUUAUUGUCACAUUGGACCCUGAUAUUGCUUCUGAGAAAGUCAAAGGAACCACAGUGACUCUGCAAGUCCCUGGCAUUGUCCUCAACAACAUGCAAGUGUCAUCGGCUUUAUGGAACUACUACAACUCACACACUAUCAGGAACAGAAGAGGACAGGCAUUCAUCUUUGCUGCAAGAGCCAGGAUAUUAGGAGGAAGGCAAGCAACUUACACUGGUAUGGCACCAGUUGUGGCAUCCUACUCCUCUAGAGGUCCAGAUGUGAACAAUGCACUUCUGCAAACUGCUGAUGUCCUCAAACCAAAUAUCAUGGCCCCAGGUUCCUCCAUUUGGGCUGCAUGGAGUCCUAAUAGUGAAGGAGAUCAAAAUAUCAUUGGGCAGAAUUUUGCGCUUGUUUCUGGUACUAGCAUGGCAACCCCUCACAUUGCCGGUAUUGCUGCUUUGAUCAAGCAAAAACACCCUACUUGGAGUCCUGCUGCCAUCACAUCAGCAAUGAUGACAACCGCUGAUAUAACUGACCAUUCUGAGGCUCCUAUAUUAGCUCAAUCAACAAACGAACUUGUUCGAGCUACUCCAUUUGAUUUUGGGGCUGGAUCAAUCAAUGCAUCCCGAGCCAUUGACCCAGGACUCAUAUUCAAUGCCUACUUUGAUCUGUAUGUACAAUUUCUUUGUGCUGUUCCAGGAAUUGAUGAUAAGUCAGUGAGAAGAGCUGCAGGAGUUGGAUGCCCAGUUAAGAGGAAGAAAUGGUGCUCAGACUUGAACACGGCAAGCAUAACAAUUUCAAAUCUGGUUGGAUCAAGGAAGGUGAUGCGACGAGUAACAAAUGUUGGUCAUAGAAGUGAAACAUACGCAGUACUUGUGAGGGAACCGUUCGGUGUGAAUAUUACUUUCUCACCACGAAUAUUUAAGAUCAGGCCUAGUGGUUCAAGACGAAUUAAACUCGACUUAAAAGCAACUGUGGCUACCAAUGCUUACACAUUUGGGGAAUUGCUGCUGCAGAGCCAGAAGCACACUGUGAGAGUUCCUAUUGCUGUUUAUGUGAGUACUAAAUUUAGGUCUUGAAAUUCUACCUUAGACAUUUGCUAAGUUGUAAUUGGAACAGUCUGGAAUGCUUCUCAGUCUAUCAACUCUCUGAAUCAUGUUAUACCAGAUGCAUUAGAGCAACAGGCUUAUCCACAGGCACACAACUCCUCUGCUUCUGUUGAGGAGAAAUCUAUCUUAUGUAUGUUCUAGUAAUGAACUGACGAUCCUUGUUAGAUCUUGUUUGAUAAACAAAAAUAAAUCUGAAACGAGUUG